GAGAAUGAUGAAAUUAAGUUUCAGAAACUAAAGUUUCUAAGUUUGGAAAGGCUACCAAAGUUGAUAGGUCUUUGCAACACUUCUAAUGUAAUUUAGCUACCAAAGCUGGUGGAAUUGAAACUCGAUGGCCUUCCUAAUUUCACUACCAUUUAUCCUGAGAAUACAUCUCUGCAACAUUUCUAUGCCCAGUAACAUGUCUUACAAUCAACCAUUCUUGAACAAAGAGAUGCUAAUUCCUAAGUUAGAGAUAUUGAAAAUUCUUGGCAUUGAUAAGCUGAAAGAGAUAUGGCCUUGUCAAUUUAGUGGUAAUGACGAAGUUAAUACCUGCAUGUUGAGAGAGAUUCAUGUGAAGGAAUGUGACAAUCUUGUGAAUUUGUUGCCAACAAAUCCAAUGUCGCUACUGCAUCAUGUGGAAGAGAUUAGUGUUUUUUCAAUGUGGAAGUAUUGA